CGAUAGGAUCGUAGAUAAGUAGGUGUUAUCUUUAGAAAAUUCUUAUAAAACUAAGAUAUUUCUGAAAUAUGCCAUUCAUUCAAGAUGAAACUGAUUGUGUUGCUCGCUCUAUUCGCUUUGGCUACAGCCAAACAUGAGAUGUACACAGGAUGGAAAUCGUACUUCGUCAAGUUGGUGGAUGAGAUCCAAUCAAAACUCUUUGCAUCUUUAGCUGACAAAUACGAGUUGGAUAUCCUAAGUCAUCCAAUCAUUGGUCGAGAAGGCCUACUCCUGGUGAAGCCAGAAUAUAAUGAUAACUUCAUCCAAGACUUGAUAUCUAUAGGAAUUACUUUUAGAAUACAUUCAGAGGAUGUAAAAAGUGAACUGGACUAUGACGAUCUGAUGAUUGAGCAGCAGCACACAGAUUUGAAGGCCAGGAAUGUGGGACGUCAGCUUCCUUAUGACAACUACCAAGAAAUCGAAGCUAUCGACGAUUACCUGGACAGCAUUGGCAGACAAUAUCCUGACGUGGCUACUGUUGUGAACGCUGCUGAGUCCUUCGAAGGCCGUCCCAUCAAGUACGUGAAGAUCUCCAAUACAAACUUCGAAGAUGAGAGCAAACCCGUCAUCUUCAUUGAUGGAGGCAUUCACGCCAGGGAAUGGAUCGCUCCCCCUACAGUUACCUGGGCUAUACAUAAACUGGUUGAGGAUCUGACCGAAAGCGACCUGUUGGAUAACUUCGACUGGAUCCUCCUGCCUGUGGUCAACCCUGAUGGAUACAAAUUCACUUUCAACGGUAACCGAUUCUGGCGUAAAACUCGUUCCACUGAUCAGAAUCCUCUCAGUACCGUUUGCCCAGGGGUUGACGUCAACCGAAACUUCGACUUUUACUGGAACAGUGUCGGUACCAGCAACUCUCCAUGCUCCGACAUUUAUGCUGGAUCCAGAGCCUUCUCUGAGGUUGAAACCAGGGUAGUAAGGGAUAUUUUACACGAGCACCUGCACCGAAUCGCCCUUUACAUCACCAUGCACAGUUUUGGCAGCAUGAUCUUGUAUCCUUGGGGACAUGAUGGUUCCUUAUCCUCCAACGCUCUUGGGCUUCACACCGUCGGCGUGGCGAUAGCAACUACCAUCGACCAACUCUCCUUACCUAAUUUCGCGAAGUACGUAGUUGGUAACUCUGCGCUGGUCCUCAAUUACCUUGCGUCAGGAGGAGCUGAAGAUUACGCUCAUUCGAUUGGAGUGCCCUUGGCUUACACCAUGGAAUUGCCUGGAUUUACCAACACCAUGCAGGGGUUCAAUCUGGACCCUAGAUACAUUCAGCAGGUAUGCAACGAGACAUGGGAAGGUAUUGUAGUCGGAGCUAGAAGAGCUGGUGAUCUGUUCAAAAAUAAAAGACUGUAAAUUAUUUAUUA